AUGGUUGUGAUCCCUUCAUGGAUUUCUCUAUGUCUAACUAUAGUAACGGGUCGGAUCCUAAAAGUCUUAUUGAAGCGGUUGCAGAGAGCCGAAGGCGAGCAACGGCGUGGCUCUUUCAGCCUUCCCACUCUUUGCUCUUCUCUUCUUCUCUUCCCCCAUUCCCUCGCGUCCUCGAAGAAGCAGUCCGCGGCUGCUCGAAAGGACGGCAUCCCCUUCAUUAAGUGCCAGGUUUGUGAGAAGAUCGCCCAUCAAAUCAUCCAUCGGGUGAAGCAAAAGGAGGCUCAGAUUUCGCCAAAAGAGAUAUCGGAGUUCCAGAUCAUUGAAAUAGCUGAGAAUAUUUGUAAUUUGAAGAAGGAUGAGUCGGAUUGGAUUCUCCAGAUUGAUUUUGUUGAGAAAGGAGAUAAGUUGGAGUUGGUUGAGCAAGGUAUUGAAGGAAUAUGCAAUUCAGAGUGUAAAUCCAUUGAGCAUGCUUGUCAAGAGAUCUUGAGUUAUUCGGAUACUGAUGUUGCUGAAUUUGUGUAUAGCACAAGACCUUCAGUUGAUCAGUUGAUUAGUUUUCUCUGCAAGGACCUUUCUAAAGCAUGCUUUGUGAAGCCACCUCCACUUCUUGUGGAUAGAAUUGCUGGAGAAGCCUUUAUUGCCAAGUCCACUAAAGAAGCUGAAAUGGAUAAGAUUUUGAGAUCUAUGGAGGGCAUGCCAGCCGCACCGGGAAUGAAUAUGUACUCGCGGGGAGAUUUGAUGAGUGGUAAUUUUGGUAGUGGUGAUGAAAAUGAUGACGAGGAAGACGAAGAAGAUAACUUCUCUGAGAAAUUGGGAAACAUUGCGAAGAGUAAAAACCCUCCCCAGCAGGACUAUAGACACAAGAUUUUGCUAGGUAUCACUGAAACAGGGACUGUGUUAAAGAGGCAUAUAAACAUAGUAUAUGGAAACAUGCAAAGAGCUGGUGGAGAAAGUUUACAAAAGGUGCAAGUCCAGCAAAAGAAAGAACAAAAUUGAUCUCUGAGUCUGCAAGAACCAUUUUUACACGGUAAGUUCUGAGAUCAGAAAGUUUGCUCGAACUGAAUGCUGCGAUGUACCGGUACAAGAACAGUUAGGCAUUUUUGUUUUCUUCUAUUUCUAUCGAAAAGAAUAUUUAGAAUAAAGAGUUUUAGACAAUUUUAGAUAUGCAUCCCAAAACCUUGCCCCUCAAUGUCAAAGUGAGGUGAACGAUGCUUCAAAAGUUUUAAUCCCUGUCCAGAUUUUGUGUCAUUGCUGAUGAAACAAAUGUCUAGUUUGUAAUAAUUGACCAAUUUAAAAUGUUAAACUGAA